ACCAGUUGUCGAUACACGAAGCAGAAAUGGAGCAGAAAGGAGUUCAGCUGGAUCAGGAAACAUUUUCCUGUUCCAUCUGUUUGGAUCUACUGAAGGAUCCGGUGACUAUUCCCUGUGGACACAGCUACUGUAUGAGCUGUAUUCAAACCCACUGGGAUGAAGAGGAUAGGAAGAACCUCCACAGCUGCCCUCAGUGCAGACAGACCUUCACACCAAGGCCUGUCCUGGUCAAAAACACCAUGUUGGCAGUUUUAGUGGAACAGCUGAAGAAGACUGGACUUGGAGCUGCUGCAGCUGAUCACUGCUAUGCUGGAGCUGAAGAUGUGGCCUGUGAUGUGUGCACUGGGAGGAAACUGAAAGCCGUCAAGUCCUGUCUGGGGUGUUUGGCUUCUUACUGUGACCAACACCUUCAGCCUCAUCAUGAAUCUGUUGCCUUUAAGAAACACAAGCUGGUGGAUCCGUACCAAAAGCUCCAGGAGAACAUCUGCUCUCGUCAUGAUGAGGUGAUGAAGAUGUUCUGCCGCACUGAUGGUCAGUGUAUCUGUUAUCUGUGCUCUGUGGAUGAACAUAAAGGCCACGACACAGUCACAUCUGCAGCAGAAAGGACUGAGAGGCAGAAGGAGCUGGAGGUGAGUCGACAGAAAAUCCAGCAGAGAAUCAAAGACAAACAGGAAGAUGUGAAGGUGCUUCAAAAGGAGGUGAAGACCAUCAGUCGCUGUGCUGAUGAAGCAGUGGAGAAGAACCACAAGAUCCUGACUGAGCUGAUCCGACUGAUGGAGGAAGGAAGGGGUGAUGUGGAGAAGCAGAUCAGAUCCAAGGAGGAAACUGAAGUGAGUCGAGUCAAAGAGCUGGAGUUGAAGCUGGAGCAGGAGAUCGCUGAGCUGAGGAGGAAAGACACCGAGAUGGACAAACUGUCACACACACACGACCACAACCAGUUUUUACUCCAGUAUUCAUCGGUGUCCACACUCAGAGAAGAUCCAGACUCAUCCCAUGUCCACAUCCAUCCUUGGAGUUACUUUGAGGAUGUGACGGCAGCUGUGUCAGAGCUCAGAGAUAAACUCCAGCACAGUCUGACAGAGGAAUGGACCAACAUCUCACUGAGCAUCAGUCAAACACAGGUUCUACUAGAACCAGAACCACAGACCAGAGCAGGAUUCUUACAAUAUUCACGUCAAAUCACACUGGAUCCAAACACAGUGAAUGAAUAUCUGUCACUGUCUGAGAAGAAUAAAAGAGGAACAUUUAUGAGACAAAGACGGAACUAUCCUGAUCAUCCAGACAGAUUCAGUGACUGGCGUCAGGUCCUGAGCAGAGAGGGUCUGACUGGUCGAUGUUACUGGGAGGUGGAGUGGAGGGGGUGGGACGUUCGGGUAGCUGUCGCAUAUAAGGAUAUUAAGAGAAAAGGAAAGUCUGAUGAAGGUGGAUUUGGAAAAAAUGACAAAUCUUGGGCUUUAUAUUCUAACAAUAACUCUCCUGUAUUUCAUCAUAACGGUGUCCAGUCUUCUGUCCCAGGUCCAGUUCCCUCCAGAAUCGGAGUGUACCUGGAUCACACAGCAGGUAUUCUGUCCUUCUACAGUGUCUCUGAAACCAUGACUCUGAUCCACAGAGUCCAGACCACGUUCACUCAACCUCUGUACGCUGGACUUUGUCUUUGGAAUAUUGGAGACACCGCCCACUUCCCUAAACUCCAGUAAACUCAUCAUUGACUUUGAUCCAGUUGAUCAGAUCAAUCUUUCCGUAUCUGUCUCUAAAUCACAUGACACAAAAACAGAUCAACUUUUUUUUUUUUCCUGAAUGCACAAUUUAUUGUGAGGAACAAAUAUUUUUUAUAGAAAAAUGAGCAAAAUGAGCAACUAAUUAAAAAAAAAAAAAAA